GGACUUUCAUAACCUCAAACCCAUUUGAAUUCUGAGAAAAUUGUGCAAAUUCCUUAAUAAAAAUGAAUUAUUGCCUGUGCAGAAGUUCCAAAUUGAUUCACAAACUUUCUCUGCAAACAAAUAUUCGCAAUUUAUCUGGUGUCAAUGGCAAUAUAUCGAAUUAUUGCCUGAAUUCUGUAAAAAAUCACGAUUAUGAGAAUUUUCUGGCACUCCUGCUACUGAACAAUUCACUCAGAAGAAAAGCUUUUUCCAUAAGAGCUUUCAAUGUUGAAGUAGCACGAGUCAAUAGUCAAGUUUCAGAGGCAAAAAUUGGUGAGAUGAGACUGAAAUUUUGGGAAGAUGCUGUAGAUAAGAUCUUUAGCUCAAAAGAUGUCCCAAUACCUGAACAUCCAAUUGCUAUUGAACUCAAAAAUACCACAAAGGAAUGUUCUCUGUCUAAAAUGUAUUUCCAUAGAUUGGUUAAAGCAAGACGGAGAUUUGGCAAUGUUUCCUUCUUGACAGUUAAGGAACUGGAGGAUUAUGCCGAACAGACCAAUUCCAGUGUGUAUUAUUUGCUCCUGGAAGCAGCUGGAGUUAAAAACAUCCAUGCUGAUCAUGCGGUAUCACAUCUGGGGAAAGCUCAAGGAAUCAGCAACAUAAUCAGAUCUCUGCCUUAUCAACGUCGCAAUGCCAUUAUCCCUAUUCCUCAGGAGACACUACUCAAGCACGGAGUGAGUCAAGAGAGGAUCUAUCGUGAUCAAGAGAAAGACAAAGGGGUAGAAAAUUGUGUAUUUGAGAUUGCCACAAUAGCUCAUCAACAUCUUGCAAAAGCUCGAUCAUUGAGGGAUAAAAUUCCACAAGACUGUCUACAAAUCCUCCUUCCAGCUGUUGCUAUUGAUCGGUAUUUGGAGCGUCUGAGACGUGCAAAUUUCCAUCCCUCUGCAAAGUCUGUACAGAAGCGAGAUGCACUUCUCCCUCUGGUUCUCAAAUGGAACCGAAUGCGUUCGAAAUUCUAAAAGAAAAUGCUCUGGCAAAAAGACGCUAUGGACAAAAAGCCAACCAAUUAGCAAAAUGAGUUGUAGCCUGAUGUACAAGUUCUUCUGACUCUACUUGUACCACACACAAUAAAUAUAAAAUAGAUCGUGAAAUAUGUAUGUUGUUGCUUCCGCGGAAUUAAAAGCAACACAGAACAGUGGGAAAAAUGUUGAUGCACUUUACACCGUGUACAAAGGAUUUGCUUUUUCAAACGGGUAAGAGUUUCUGACAAUUUAAGGAUAAAAAUCCUUGACAGAAAAAUAAUUAAAAUUUAUCUUCAAACAAUGUACAUAAUUUAUAAAGCUAAUGUGAAUAAAUUAAAUCUAAAAUUAGA